CCUUCUUGUUUACUUUGUUUAUAACAGAAAUUUUGUUAUAAAAAGUUUCUGUUAAAAACACCAUUAAAAUAUGUGCUAGAAAUAAUAGAUGUAGUGAUAAGAAACGCAAAUAAUGUUUAUUAUUAAGUUUAUAAUUGUACAAAGUUUACUGGUGGUACCGGUAUUCCUGGAUUGCGGCUGCAACAAAUUGGACAGAGAAGAAUCCCAAACAGAAGAACAAAAAACCGAACACGUCAACAAUGUUUUUAAACAAAAUGUGGAAGUUAAUAAGGUUGAAGCUAACAAUGAUGAUGAAUCCUUAAAAGUUUGCCAACGUCAAGCCAAAAAUAACAACAAACAUUAUAGAGAUUAUUAUCCAGAACCAAGUUAUGAUGACAUGUCUCUAAUACCAGGUGGAAAGUACUUAGUGGGCACCGAUGAGCCACAUUUUAAAGAAGAUCAUGAAUCGCCGGAACGUUUAGUUACAAUUAAAGAUUUCUAUAUGGAUAAAUAUGAAGUUUCCAAUGAAAAAUUUAAGGACUUUGUAAAAGCUACCAAAUAUGUAACUGAAGCAGAAAAGUUUGGUGACAGUUUUCUAUUUAAAACUCUAUUAAGUUCACAAGAUCAGGAAAAAUUGAAAGAUUUUAGAGUUGCUAGUGCUCCCUGGUGGUUUAAAGUGCAGGGUGUAAGCUGGAAACAUCCAAAUGGUCCAGACAGCAAUCUUAAAGGAUUAGAAAAACAUCCAGUAGUUCAUGUUUCUUGGAAUGAUGCUGUAGCCUACUGUAAGUGGGCCAAUAAACGUUUACCCACAGAGGCAGAAUGGGAAGUGGCCUGUAGAGGAGGCAAAAAAAGAAAAUUAUUUCCUUGGGGCAAUAAGUUAAUGCCUCAGGAUAAGCAUUGGUUAAAUAUCUGGCAAGGUGAAUUCCCCGAUAAUAAUACUAAGGAAGAUGGUUAUGUUACCACCUGUCCAGUAAAUAAAUUUUCGCAAAACGUAUUUCAGCUUCACAACAUUGUGGGGAAUGUUUGGGAAUGGACACAAGAUUUAUGGACAGAAGGAGAUACCAGCCCCAAUCCAAGUCGUGUUAAAAAGGGUGGGUCUUAUCUAUGUCAUAAAACCUAUUGUUAUCGUUAUCGCUGUGCGGCACGUUCUCAAAAUACAGCUGACAGCUCGGCGGGUAAUUUGGGUUUUAGGUGCGCCAAGAAUAUGGAGUAAUAAACGUAAGAAUAAGUUUAUUAAGUGUAUAAAAAUGUUAUGAAUGUUUAAUUUGUUGUGGCAUGUACAUAUAUAAAGAAAGUAUUAAUAAAAUUUUUUAAAAACA